ACUGCACAUUUAAAAGUUUGCACAUGAUUAUCGCUAUAAAGGCGACUUAAUCGCAGGAACGUCUGGCAGUACAGUAAGGUCAUUUAGCCCUUAGCACGUUCCGUUAACAUGACUAGGGAAUGUGUUGGAGUUUUACCUCUUUAAAUGUACUGUUAGAUGAGAUUCAAGCAUAUCCAGGGCUACUUUUGAGCGUAGAUCAGCCUCAUUGUGUAUCAAUAUACAAGGAAAAGUUGACCAGUAGAUGAGGAGGGCGUACGAGGUACUCAUAGGCUCUACAGCGGAUGUAAUUCCAACUGAUGGUGAUUUUAACCUUAAAGGAGCCUUGGAUCCUAACGAUUUUGUGCUUGCCGGAGACAAGUUGGUCAAUUUCUGCACAAACUGGAAAUGGGACACAUGAUUUGUCAGUUGAUUACCUGCCAUAUACCAAGCAAUAUCUACGCUCUAACAAAGUAAAAUGUGUAAAGUUAUGGGAACCAGAAUCACACAAAUGUGAUUCCUGGAAUGUUUUUGAUGAUUCUACUCGUGAAAUAGACAGGACUACGAAUCAUAGUAAGGAUAUAGCAGGUCUAAGCGACGAUGAAAUCGCGAGUAGAAUUUAUAGGAGCUACGAUAUAAGCAUAACCUACGAUCGGUAUUAUGAAACACCAAGGAUAUGGCUGUUUGGAUUUAACCAGUUAGGACUUCCAAUCACCAAGGAUGAAAUGCUAACAGACAUACCCACCGAAUACAUUGGGAAAACUGUGACCGCAGAAAGGCACCCAUUCACAGGGCGUUUAAAUCUAACAAUCCACCCUUGCUACCAAAUUGAUGCAAUGAAUAAACUUUACAGAGGUAAAGAAGAGUACAGGUAUGAAUAA